AUGAAAAUUAUUCACUCAUGUCAAGCUAUAUAUGCACAUUCAUUAUAUCCAUGUCAAGAUACACCCGGUGUUAAAAGUACGUUUACAGCAAAAAUAACAUGCCCUAAACCAUUUACUGUGUUAAUGACUGGUUUACAAACAAAACAUGCUGGAAAUACAAAUCCGUUUUAUUUUGAACAACAACAAGCUAUACCAUCUGAUUUAAUUGCUAUUGCUGUUGGGCAAUUAGCUUCACACGAUUUAAGUCCUCGCAUUCGCAAUUAUAUGGAUAUUGAAGCUGUUAAAAUUCCAUUUGAUGUGGCACAAUGUGAUGAUGAUUCUCUUUAUACAUAUUUACCAAAUUGGUUAAAUAGUCUUAAAGAUGAUGAAUUACAAUCUCCGCCAAUGUCAAGUCAUGUAUUUCAAAAAUAUAUACGUGAAUCUCAUCUUGAAACAAGCAUGGCUAAUAGUGUACGGAAAAUGGCUUUGAAUGAAGAUCGUUUAUUUACAGUUGAUGAUUUUGAAUUUGGUCGACCACUUGGUAAAGGUGCAUUUGGUAUAGUUUAUUUAGCACGACUAAAAAAAACGAAAUUUAUUUGUGCAUUAAAAAUACUUCAUAAAAGUAAAAUAAAUGAAUAUUCCAUGGCUGAACAAGUUAAAAUUGAAACUGAAUCUGGUUUUAAAUUAAAUCAUCCACUUAUAUUAACCAUGUAUGAUGUAUUUCAUGAUGAAAAACGUUUUUAUUUUAUGCUUGAAUAUGCAGCACAUGGACAACUUUAUCGAUUUUUACAAAAACUACGUCGUUUUACAAAUCGUUUAGCUGCUAGUUAUAUAUAUCAAAUUUGUCAUGCGUUAGAAUAUUGUCAUAGUAAAAGUAUAAUUCAUCGAGAUUUAAAACCUGAAAAUAUUCUUCUCGACUGUUGUGGAAAUUUAAAAUUAGCAGAUUUUGGUUGGUCAACUAAAAUUCGUCAUGCUGAUACAAUGAAUACAACAGCUUGCGGUACAUUAGAUUAUUUAGCACCGGAAAUUGUUGGUCAUAAACAAUAUCAAUAUCAAGUUGAUAAUUGGUGUGUUGGUGUACUUGCUUAUGAACUUUUAUCUGGUCAUGCACCAUUCGAAGGAACAGAUGAUGAAACGAAAGUUAAAAUUGCAACUAUUAAUUAUACAUUUCCAGAUUAUUUUUCUCAACUUGCAAAGAAAUUUAUUGAUAAUCUUUUACAAAAAGAUCCAAAAAAACGUAUGUCACUUUUGGAUUGUAUUGCUCAUGAUUGGUUACAAAACAAUGCAUAUAAAUAUAUGUUUGGCCCGUAUAAAUGUCCGAUUUAUGUAAAUAUGGAUGAAUAA